CGAAUUAUGGAUCUUAAUCAGAAUGAGGAUCAGUUUCCAUCGACCAUCGUGUCGGAAAUUGAUUCUUACGAGGAAAUUAUCCGCAACAUCAACGAAGCCCACAUGGAGGUGAAAAUCAGGCUCGAACAAGUGUCGAGGCUGCGAAUUGAUUGCGCGAAGCUACAGCUGGAGUUUCUGAAGCUCUUCAAGCCGCAAUGUUUAGAGAUACUGGAAGAGUUGCAGGACAUUUCUGCACCCGCGGAUUCCAUCGAUUGCAAUGACGGCGACAAUAUCGAAUCGUGUGACAACCAGGGUAAUGAAGUCCUUCGCGCGAAUGAAGACGUAUCAAGGAAAUCUAUGAUGUAACGUCAAGAAAAGUCCAGAGAUCGGAAUAGCCCUUCGUGAAAAUCCGAUAUUCAUAGAAAAACUCAUCGAACUUAAUAUCAAAACUCAUUGAAUUUAAAAUUGAACUAGAGAAUUAACCAGAAAGUAACAGUUAGAUUAUAAAAAGUGAUUAAAAAGGAAGGAAAGAAAUCGUAAGGUAAAGGAGUUCUCUCAUAUACCUU